GGAAAAAGGAGGCGGAACCUAUGCUUGUGGCCGGGAGGCAUGGUAACUCGGCUGCUGGUAAAGUUUGGGGAUUGGGAGUACUUGUAUCUCUGAGCGAAAGAGCGAAGUGGGGGUGAUCUAUCAGCGCUAGGCCCGUGGCCCUUCCUUCAGCACGGAGACGAAGAGAAAUAAAGGCUGGGCCACGUAUUAUAAUAGACAUAGUACACAGUGUGGUGGGAAACCCAGACGGUGUAGCUCCAUUCACUGCGACAAUGUCCGAUGACCCUAGCUCCCUGCCCUGGUCAAUCCAGAGGGAGGAUUAUGAGCUCAAGGAGGUCAUUGGUAGUGGAGCCACAGCUGUGGUUCAGGCUGCCUACUGCAUCCCAAAGAAGGAACGAGUUGCAAUCAAACGCAUCAAUCUGGAAAAAUGUCAGACCAGCAUGGAUGAACUUCUGAAAGAAAUUCAAGCAAUGAGCCAAUGCCAUCACAGGAACAUUGUGUCAUAUUAUACCUCAUUUGUGGUAAAGGAUGAGCUCUGGUUGGUAAUGAAGUUGCUCAGUGGUGGAUCUGUACUAGAUAUAAUUAAACAUGUGAUAGCAAAGGGAGAUCACAAAAAUGGAGUUUUGGAGGAGACUGUCAUAGCUACCAUUUUGAAGGAAGUACUGGAGGGGCUUGAUUAUCUGCACAGGAACGGGCAGAUUCAUAGAGAUUUGAAGGCAGGAAACAUUCUUCUUGGUGAGGAAGGCUCCGUGCAAAUUGCAGAUUUUGGUGUAAGCGCAUUCCUGGCAACAGGAGGUGACAUGACCAGGAAUAAAGUGAGAAAGACCUUUGUUGGCACACCCUGUUGGAUGGCACCUGAAGUCAUGGAACAGGUUAAAGGGUAUGACUUCAAAGCAGACAUUUGGAGCUUUGGAAUUACAGCCAUUGAACUGGCUACGGGAGCAGCUCCUUAUCAUAAAUACCCACCAAUGAAGGUUUUAAUGCUAACUCUUCAGAAUGAUCCCCCCUGUUUGGAGACAGGUGUGCAAGAUAAGGAAAUGGUCAAAAAGUAUGGCAAGUCCUUUAGAAAGAUGAUUUCACAGUGUCUACAGAAAGAUCCAGAAAAAAGACCUACAGCCGCAGAAUUUUUAAAGCACAAAUUUUUCCAAAAAGCAAAGAACAAGGAAUAUCUUGAAGAAAAAUUGCUAGCUCGAGCACCUACUAUGGCAGAAAGAUCAAAAAAGGUGAGAAGGGUUCCAGGCUCCAGUGGUCGAUUACACAAAACAGAAGAUGGUGGCUGGGAAUGGAGUGAUGAUGAAUUGGAUGUAGAGAGUGAAGAAGGAAAGGCUGCAGUUUCUCAGUUGCGGUCUCCCAGAGUGAAGGAGUCUCCACCGGGCCAAGAGCUUUUCACGUCAGCAGAAGCACCAAGCUCAAAUGUUCAAGUCCCUUUCCAAACCCCACAGGUGCUACCUCAGCCAACACCAAAAGUACCCGAUGCCAAUCUGGUGCCUGCUGGCCAGCCUUCAGCGUUAGCAGCCCCAACACCUGUGGCAAAACCAGACCCGACUCAGCAAGCUCCAGCUCAGCAUCAACUACCGGCAUCUCAGCUGGCUCCUGGUUCCACUGCUGCAGAUACGCACCAAACACCCAUUAGCCUUGUGUUAAGAUUGCGGAACUUAAAGAAGGAGCUGAAUGACAUAAGAUUUGAAUUUACUCCAGGUAGAGAUACAGCAGAUGGUGUUUCCCAAGAACUUGUCUCUGCGGGUCUGGUUGAUGGAAGAGAUGUAGUAAUAGUUGCUGCAAACCUACAGAAGAUAGUGGAUGAGCCAGCUACAAAUAGAUCUGUCACUUUCAAAUUGGCUUCUGGAGUUGAAGAAUCUGAUAUUCCUGAUGAUGUUAAGCUCAUAGGAUUUGCACAACUUACCAUUAGUUAAACCACACUACAACAGAAUAUAAACUUGCUGACCCCAUCUGUGAAUAGGUAUCUCACUGGUGUUGGCCGGAGGAAACUUGUACUGCCAAAGAGUGAUGAUCUUUGCCUGUAGGACUCGCAACAUUUGCCCUGCCUCUCCCCUGUAAUGAGGAAUGUACAAAUAGAAGUGAACUGAGUAUUUGCUUUCACUACACAAGAACGAAAUAGAUGCCAUCGAGAGCUUUCUACAAGAUUUCAGCUUGCAGAUUUCCCCCAUCUGAAGCUGGGUGCCUGAUGAGGGCAAGCUAAAAUUGCCAGUUCUCAUCUACUGUUUUUCCUCUUCUAUGUUUUCCCAUCUCAAAUAACCCCACUACCCUGGUUUCUUUUCAAAAUUGCCUUAUUUUUGACAGUGCUUUACUGAUCAGUAAGCAGAGAGGGGACUUCCCCACAGUUCUUGAAGAGAUCUAGUGCAUCAGAUUGAGAAAUUGUGUGGUUUCAGUAACUAGUCCUUGUUGAUUAGCCUUUCUCUUAAAAAUAAAACAUAACAAAGAUGAAAACAAGUAUAGAUUGCAAUUAAGAAUACAGUUCAUCUGAGAUUUUCUUUCCAAAGGGCUGCAGCCCAAAUUGAUGGGCAGCAAGUAUUUUUGAGUUUGCAUUUAUUAUGCACUCAGGCUGCCAGGCACGUCAUUAACUGCCUUUGAUGUGAUUUGAAAGUAGAUUUUCUUUUUGUUUGUGUGGUAAAAGUAAGACAGAAUUUAAAUAUAAAUGUUAAUGAAGAUUAAUUCUUUUUUCCAUUUAUCUAAUAUAAAUUGUUAUUGCGCAAUCUGCAUCCCGCCUUUAUAAUAGUGUAAAUUUAAAACUCUCCAGUCAGCUUUUUUUCUUUAUUAACGCAUUCCUGGUGCAAUGGGAGAAUUUGGUUUUGAGCAUUUUCCUUCAAAUUGUCUGAUCUUUUAGCUCAAAGGAUUUAAGUUUUACCUGUGAAUAUUGAAAUUGUAUCAGAUUCUCUUGAAAGUUGAAAGCAUGAUUGGGUUCAAACUAUGGUAGUUUUGAGUGAUUUGUUGAACUUGUUACUCAGUUGGGGUCACAUAAUGAAAGUAAUACACUAUGUGCUGCAUUCCGUAUUAAUGUGAUUGGGGCUUACACAAUAUAUAGGUACUAUCAUGCUGUAAAGAUCACACGUAAGCCUUUACACUUAAAAUUUGCACUAAUACUUUGGUAUGAACCUAAUUUGUUUCUCCAAAUCUGGUCCAUUAUAGCCAUCACUGAGAUGUAUGCAAUAUGUACUCCUGAUGCUUGUUAGCUGCAUAAAACUUUGCAGAUGGUGUCUGAACAGCAUUAAGAUGAACUGCUGUUUUUUUUGGCAUAAUUUGAGAGUUCGUCAUGCCAUCCUUCACUUGUAGUGACAACAGAGUACUGCGUGCAACUAAUUGUCUUUGCAGUACUAGUUACAUAGGAAAUUCAAUACAGAUUACAUGCAGCAACAACCAGUGGUAAUAAGGGUUCAAGUGGGAUGGAUGUGUUACCCUGAUCAAGGUGUUGAUGGAAAUUGGCUGCCUGGUUUUGAACAGCCAUAGAUGGUGGUGGUUAAGACUGCAGCUGUUUGUGUGCCACAGUUGUGUUUGUCCCCCACCCUACCUCAGCAGAUUUUUACAAAUCCUAAGAAGUUUCUAUCCUGAUUUCUCCAAUGUGUGUAUCAGUUUUCAGACCAAUGCUACCAUUAGGCAAAAAUGUUUGUAUUGAAAAAGUUUGGUAAGGCUGAGGGAAGCCUUUAACUUAUUUUAUCCAUCUAAAAAGAUCCUACAGUUUCCCCUACUUUUUUUUUUUGCUGCAUCAUAUUGCCUCAACUAACUCUAAGUUAUUAACUACUAUGUCUGGCAGUAUUUUCUAAUUGUUGGUCACACUGAAGAAUUCCUUCCCGAUCCUGAUUUACUGAUCUGAUAUGUGCCUCUAUCCAAGUCUUGAAAUUUAAAUUAAGCAGCAUUCCAGACAAUCAUUUAUUUUCUUCAUCCAUUUGAAUUGUUACUAAAAAGUCAUCUUUCUUUCCUAACUGAAAAACUAGAACGAGAGAAUAAAGGCAUUAUCCAUUGGGUAUGAUACAGCUGCCCUCCAGUUAGCACAAGUCAGUCAACCUUGUGUAACCAAAUUAAAAAUCCUCAUUUAAGGAAAGAUUUGUGGAGGAGUAACUGGAGCCACAUAAUUGCAUAGUUUGUUUGACUGGUGCUUUUAAAAUAUUGUUUAAAAGCAUUUGGCUAAAUAGUGGAAAGAGCUUUUUGAAAGAGACACGUACAUUUUGACAUUAUUGAAUUUGAUUGAAUUAUUUGAACUGUAAAUAAGAAAAAAUUGUUUUUAGAAUUAUUUUAAAAUCACUGAGUCCUUCAUUCUUGGACCUACUGGUUUUUGAAUAUUUUACGGAUAUGAAUAUUUUGGCUUUGACAGGAAAGCUUUUGAUUUGUCUUCCAUCACAUGGGAAUUAUAGGAUCUUUCAUGUGACCCAGCUACAUGAUUUCUAACAGCUUUUUUCUAAGUUUGUAUAGACCUAGCAUUGGUUAUUUUAUUAAUAUUUGCCUAUUAAUUGGGACUGAGGACUGCUGUUGCUAAGGCUAACUCACAAAUCGGUGUAUACUGAUUGUAACACAAGGUGUAAAAUAUUGUGAUCACUUUUCUUCAACAUGAUUGUUUUGGAUUUUUUUGCAUGGUUUUGCUAACUCCUUUUAAUCAAUAAACAGCAAAAUAUCUUUUGUGUGCUUAAAGUUGAGACUUCAACUAUCUAAUACCUGGUAACAAAAUAAUUGUGUACAAGAAAACGUGUUUAAAAACAAUUUAAUGGAUUUGGGUCCUGCAUUCCAAUCACAAUGAUAUUUAUUUUGCAUGAUAUCUUAGCUAUCAUUUAUUUGUUAAAAUUUGACACAACAGAAUACAGCACAAGAUGAAGAAUGGCACUUCUUUCCAACGUUCAUAAAAUGUAGCUUGGUUGAUGAAGCCACAUUUGAAUUUAAGACCCAUUUUCUCUUGACCCAAUUUAAUAAAUAUCAUGAAUAUCAUUUCUUUGAAGAAUCAUCAAAUGAGACUAGUGGCAUCUUAGCUAGCAAAUAUCCCCCGACUUGUAUUGUCAAAGCAAGUUAUCUGGUCAUGACCUCCUUGCUGGUUGUGAAGGAUUGCUUCCUACAAAUUGGCAGCUACAUUACAAUAAUCAGGUAUACCUCAAAAGUGAUUUUGGAUAUGCCAGAGCUUUGUGGUUCACAAUAAAUGCAAGUUCUUUUACUCAAUGCAGUCAAAAUUAGGUAUCCCCUAUACCUGAUAAAGUGGUUGAUGAGUAUAUUUCAUAGUCUUCUGCUUGUAACCCAUCCACUUCAAAGUUUGAUGUGUUGUAUAUUCAGUGAUGCUCUUCUGCACACCACUGUUGUAAAGUAUAUUUCGUUGAGUUACUGUUGCCUUCCAGCCAGCUGGAACCAGACUGGCCAGUCUCCUCAGACCUCCCUUCAUUUCUAAUUCCAUCCUCGGAAGAGAAAUUGUUUACUGUACUUGUGUUUAUUUGCAAGUCAUGACAAAGCACACCAAUGUGUCUCUCUAUAACAUUUAAAAAAAAAAAUAUUUUGCCCUGCACCUUUGAGUAUAUUGUGUCAAAUUAUGAAUUAUACAUUUAGGUGCAAGUUGCACACUUAAAUUGUCUUCAUUUUUUUUCAUGUUCACUGCAACUCAGACUCCAUUGUAGUUCUGCAUCUGAAUUAAAUGUGCAACAUAUCCAAGUCAUUAAUGUUGUGUAGAAUGUCAUUCGGCCCACAGUGUUGUACUGAACCAUCUUAAAAAAAAAAAGCAAAUCAAAAAUGCCCAAACAUUAAUCCCUCCUACCUGCACCAUGUCCAUAUCCCUCCAUCUUCCUUACAUCUAUGUGCCUAUCCAAACAUCUCUUAAAAGCCUCUAAUUUAUUUGCCUCUACCACCAUACCAGGCAGCAUAUUCUAGGCAUCCACAACUGCGUUUUUAAAAAAAACACAAACUUGUACCCAAUAUCCCUCUGGACCUACCCCCUCUCACCUUCAAUGCAUGCCCUUUGGUAUUACACAUUUCAACCCUGGGAAACAGAUACUGCUAUUCACUCUAUUUAUGCCUCUCAUUAUCUUGUAAACAUCCAUUGGAUUCCACACGGACCCCCCCCCUCCCACUUCUGACACUCCAGAGAAGACAACCCAAGUUUAUCCAGCCUUUCCUGAUAGCACAUGCCCUCGAAACCAGGCAGCAUCCUGCUAAACCUUUUCUGCACCCUCUCCAAAGCCUCAACAUCCUUAAAGUGAGACAACAAAAACUGUAUGUAAUAAUCCAGGUGUGUCCUAACCGAUUUUAUAAAGUUGCAAUAUAACUGCUGACUUUUGAACUCAAUACCUUGACCAAUAAAAACAAGCAUUCCAAAAAGCUUCUGAAUCACCUUAUCAACCACUGUAGACACUUUCAAAGAACUAUGACCUUGGAUCCCAAAAUCUCUCUGCUCAGCAACACUUAAGGACUGUGCCCUUACCAGUGUACUGUCUUGCAACACCUCACGUCUAUGUCUCAAGUUUUUGUGUAGCCCAUUGGAGUACUUUUGACUUGUAGUUAGUUAUUAUUAGUAAAUACAGUAGCCAGUUUAUAUGCAGCAAGCUUACAUAAAUAUAAAUGCAAUUAUCUUUAGUGUUAUAGUGAAUACCAGAUUUGCACCCCACUCUGAUUUUUGCCAUGAGAUCUUUUGCUUUCACCUAAGAGAGUAAAAUGAGACCUUGGUUUAAUAUUCAUCCAUAAAAGAGAGUGGUGUAGAUAUUUCCACAGUACUGCACUAGUGUGCCCUACCAUUCACUGUGUAAGACUUAUCCUGGUUGGUCCUACCAAAGUGCAAUAUCUCAUACUUGUCUGCUUUAAAUUUCAUUUGUAAGCCGUGAUAGCCGCCUUUGCUGUUCAUUACAUUGUCAUCUCAGUGUCAUCUGCAAAUUUGCUGAUCCAUUUCACCACAUUAUCAUUCAGAUCAUUGAUACAGAUGAUAAACAACAACAGACACAACACCCAGCACCGAUCCCUGUGGCAUACCACUAGUCACAGGCCUCCAGUUAGAGAAAAAACCCUCUGCUACCACUUUCUGGCUUCUCCCGCGAAGCCAAUGUUGAAUCCAGUUUGUUACCUCCUCUUGAAUGCCAAGCGACUGAACCUUUUUGACCAGCUGCCCAUGUUGGACUUUGUCAACUGCCUUGCUAAUGUCGAUGUAGACAACAUCCACUGCCUUCCUUCAUCCACUUUCUUGGUAACUUCCUCAAAAAACUCUGAUUGGUUAGACACACACAUGUCCAUUCUGACUAUCCUUAAUCAUGUCUAUCCAAAUUUACUUAUAUAUCCGAUCCCUUAGAAUAUCUUACAAUAACUUUCCCACAAUUGAUGUCAGACUCACUAGCCUAUAAUUUCCUGGUUUAUGUUUCGAGCCUUUUUUUAAACAAUGGAAGAGCAUCUUUAAGCACAGCAUAUUGAACCUUGAAAUGAAUGGGCUACAGCAGCAGCAGACAAAGAUCGAUGGCCAUUUUAUUAGGUAAAGGAGGUACUUAAUAAAGUAGCCACUAAGUGUAUAUCAAAACAUGCAGUGAAAUGUGUUAUUUGCAUUUAUAACCAACAUAGUCUGAGGAUAUGUUAGCAGCAGCCCACAAGUGUCGUCAUACGUUCUGGCAUCAACAUGUUAUUUAUUACCCAUGCAGAGCCGAACAUAGCACAAGGCUUGAUAAAGAUAUAAGCUUGUCAACACCUACUUCCAGAAAUGGAGAAAUAGAAAAGAUUAACUUUGACAUAUUUCACUAUGUUUUGAUGUACAUGUGACAAACGGUCCGAGGAUGUGCUGAGGGUGGUUUACAAGUGUCAUCAUGUAUCCAGCGCCAGGAUAGCGUGCUGCAACUUACUAACCUUUAUGCAAACAUUUUUUGCAAUGUAUUGGGAAACCGGAGCACCCAGAGGUAAUGGGAAGAACAUACAAACCCCUCAAACACAGUAGUGGGAAUUGAACCCUAAUCUGAUCGCUGGCUAAAAGUGUUAUGCUAAGUGCCACACUGCUGUAAUUUUUGUAUGACAUUCUUGAAUUAAGUCUAGAAUUUGACUAUUGCUAGAAAUUUA